UGAGGUCUGCUGGUCAGUCAGUCAGGCGCGGGGGAAUGGCGCGCGAGUUGCUGCGGCUAUUGCCGCUGCUUCUGGCGGGACUGCAGCGAGCUCUGGCCCUCAGCCUGCCUUCGACCUCGGCACAGCCCCGGAGCCUAGCCCGCCGAGCAGGUACCGAGGAGCCACGUCCACCCUCUAAGUUUCCAUGUGGUGGUAACAUCUAUAUCCCCUCUGAGUGGCUGUGCGAUGGUGACAAGGACUGUUCUGAUGGCAGAGAUGAAACUCAUUGUUGGGCAGAGUCUUGUGCCCCUGGGGAGAAGAGGUGCCCUUCUGAGACGUGUUCCCCAGUCAGGUGUGAGGGACCUGAGUGUGCUGACAUGUGGAUUGAGGCCAGCUGCCCCCCACCUCCCUGCCUGGCUGAAUACCGAUUUUGUGACAGAGUCAACGAUUGUCCCAAUGGCACAGAUGAACGGCUUGUGGACUGCGAGAAGCGCCGUUCGAAGAUGUCCUCACUACCGUGCACCAGGCAGGAGUUCCAAUGUGCCUCAGGAGUGUGCAUCCCACAUGUAUGGGUGUGUGAUGGACACCCAGACUGUGCUAGUGGCAAUGACGAACUUCAGUGUGGGACAACAGGAGCUCCCAGCAAUCAGGCUACCACCUUAGCUGUGUCUCUCACCCCAGGUAAUGGGAGUGCUAUCCCUUCAGGAAAUCAGAGUGCCAGUGGGAUAACUAUGGCCACUGGGGUGACACAAACUCCUGGAGAUCAGACCACUGCCCCAGGACGUGGAAGCCUCACACCUUCAGAACGACGAAGUGCGUAUGGCCUGGUCAUGGCAGCAGCUGCCCUGAGUGGAGUUCUGGCUGCUGCCUGUCUCCUUGUAUGUUGCCAGACGUGGGCUCAAGUCCGGUGGCGCCUCCUCCCCCAACCAAACUUGGUGGAAGCUGUGAAGGAGUCAUUGCUGAUGCCUGAGAGAACACCUUCUUCCUUAAUCUGAGGGCCAGCUGCUUGGCCUCCAGAAUGGCUUUUGGGCCUGCAGGUCCAUUGUGAAACUGGCCCAGACCUCCCUGGGGCUGAACCAAGAGUCCUCCAGGAGGGGAAAAGCAAAGGGAGGUGGGGGAGAGAGACAGUUAGCUACACAGAACACUCUUUUCCAUCGGUCUCCAUCACAAGCUACCUCUCUUUUUAAGGCAGCCAACAGGUCCUGACCUUGUUGCCUUUUUCUGCCACCCUGGGAGGCACUGCAUCCGGCCCCCCUUGGAUAGGGCCGGAUGGGUGUGGAUCCUGGUUCCCUCCAACAGAAGACAUCCUGCCUGCAUGGGGGUGGGGUGGGAAUUGGCCAUUUGCUCCUGAGGUGGUCACACAGCCUGAUCACUCACUCAGGCAGCUGGUUUCAGGAGCUGUGCGCUUUGGUGAGCAAGGCUGGGUGUCCCUGGUGUUAGUCACAGGGCAGGUGAUGCCACAGGGGUGUGACACUCUGUUCAGCUGCCAGGUGGGCUGCAGGUGAGGGAAGCACAGCCUCAACACUUAGAAUGAUCUGCAGUUCAGUAAUUAAAAUAAUUUCUCAAAACUUAAGACCUUU